AUGAAUUGUCGUUCUUACUACCAUUUAUGCAAGAAAGAGACAUGCAGUACGUUAGAAGAUGUCAGUGAUGAUGAUAAUGAAGAUGAACCGAAUGAAGACGAAUAUGAUGAUACAAACAAUGAGAAAGAAGAUGAUAGAAACAAUGAUAAAAGAGAUCGAAACGAUGAUAGAAAAGAUGAUAGAAACGACGAUAAAAACGAUGACAAGGAUGAUAAUGUGGAUGAGGAGUUACACGCUGAAAAUGAAAAAAAGAGAAAACAAAAAGAAAUUGACAGAAAAAUUAUCACUAAAGCUAAGAAUAAAGAAAAUAAAUGUCAAACACAACCAGAAACGGCAUCAGCAGUGAUGAUAAAAUAUUAG